AUGAAUGGUGAUAUUCAAUUUGAGAAUAUUGACUUCGCUUAUCCAGCUCGACCUGAUGCCUUAGUUUUACGCAAUCUCACACUGACGGCUCGUACAGGUGAGAUAACAGCUUUAGUUGGUUCAAGUGGCUCUGGUAAGAGUACAUGUAUUUCUCUUCUACUUCGUUUUUAUGAACCUUUGUCGGGUCGUAUUGCAAUCCAGGAUCGCUCUAUCACCAGCUGCAAUUUGAAACAAUUACGACAGAAUAUUGGUGUGGUCAAUCAAGAACCUAUUCUAUUUGCCACAAGUAUCUAUGAAAAUAUCCGCUUUGGUAAGGAAAAUGCAACAAGAAUGGAAAUCGAAGAAGCAGCACGUCAAGCCAAUGCCCACGAUUUCAUUAUGCAGUUACCUAAUAAAUAUGACACAAUCGUCGGUGAGCGCGGUGUUCAAUUGAGUGGUGGUGAAAAACAACGUGUGGUUUUGGCUCGUGCUCUUUACAGUGCAUUUGCUGUAUCUGGCUCAAAAUUGACCGAACGUAUUCGUGCAAAAGCUUUUGCACACCUUCUGCGUCAAGAAGUGGCUUUCUUUGAUCGUCCUGAAAAUAGUUCUGGAGCUAUUUGUAACCGUCUCUCAUCCGAUGCGUUGGCUAUUCAGCAGAUGACUGGUACUCGUCUAGGCAUCAUUUGUGAAUCAAUCGCGACGUUUGGAAUCGGAUUUGUCCUUGGAGUUUUGGGCUAUGAUACCAAAGUGGGCAUGAAAGGUGGCCGCUUAUCAGGUGGUGAGAAACAACGUAUUGCCAUUGCUCGAGCUCUUCUUCGUCGACCAAAAGUAUUGCUGUUAGACGAAGCAACAAGUGCCAUGGACUCUUACAAUGAACAGAUGAUGCAAGAAGCUCUUGAAAGAGCUCAAACAGACGAUCAAAGUCAAACUUCACUGAUCAUUGCUCAUCGUCUAUCAACUAUUCAUUCAUGUGAUUUGAUCUGUGUUCUUGACAAAGGACGUCUGGUAGAAAGUGGUACACACGCAGACUUAAUGGAACGACGUGGAACCUACUAUUAUAUGAUUGCUCGCAGCAGUACUUCAUAA